UCCAUUGUAGAACGCAUCUACUUAACGCAUAGAUUGACUUUGUGGAAUCCAAAGAACUACAAAUACGCAGUCGCAGUUUGCUGACCUUCCGUGGUACUCCUCAAGCAAGCAUGGCAGCCGGGGCACUGGCGAAAGGACUUCUGGGGCUACGACAGCUACGGGCUGUUACAAUCGGAUACUCCUGUGGCGGACAUCAAUAUGCCACUGCAGCGUCCGUCAAAUCACCUCAACCUCAAAUUGACGAUGUUACAGAAAAAAUAAUGAACCUUCCACUUGAGAAGCCGGACUUUUUCCGUGUGUCAGAGCUGUUCUCGUUGAAAGACCUGUUUGACGCCAGAGUCCAUCUUGGCCAUAAAAAAGGUUGCAGGCACAGGCUUAUGGAGCCUUACCUCUAUGGCUGCCGUUUGGACCAAGAUAUAAUAGAUCUCGACCAGACUGUGGAGCACCUUCAGCAAGCCCUGAACUUCACUGCCCACGUAGCGUAUCGCGGCGGCAUCAUACUGUUCGUCAGCCGCCGGCGUCAGUUCGGCCACCUGUUGGAGAGCACUGCUAAGGAUUGUGGGGAGUACGCCCAUACGCGGUACUGGCAGGGUGGCCUCCUCACGAACGCCCCCAUCCAGUAUGGCCCUGGAGUCCGCUUACCCGACCUCAUCAUCUUCCUGUCCACUCUCAACAAUGUGUUUCAGCAGCAUGUGGGAAUCAGAGAUGCAGCGAAGAUGAACAUUCCCACAGUAGGUGUGGUGGACUCAAACUGCAACCCCUGCCUGGUGACGUACCCUGUACCCGGGAAUGAUGACACUCCAGCCGCCAUGGAGCUGUACUGUCGCUUAUUCAAGAUGACUAUCAACCGCGCCAAAGACAAAAGGAGACAGAUGGAGCUAUUGCAUGGCCUGUCGGCACCCUUCAAACCAAGCUCAUGACAUAACCUAUUCCUAAAUAAGAGACAUUAAAUAAAUGCAUUUUAAAUAAUUAAGGACAUCUGCUGCUCUCCUUCAUCAUGCCUCUAAAUUUGGAAAAGUGCUGAUGCUAGUGUUUGGGGCGGAGUUGAAUUCGCCACAGUGCUGUCUUGAUUUAAGACUCAAGUUCUGCGUAUAUAACUCAUAAAAGAAUUUUGUUUUUCUGACAUGGUUUUCGCGUUGUAACGUAACAUUUUUCGCAUAUCUGACCCUCCAAAAGAUGAUUCAUGUAGCAGCAGGUUUGUACAGAUUCAACUGUUGCGCACCACUGACAUGGCAAUGACUCUGUUUACAUGGACUCGGGAUUAAAUCUAACUCAGACAGCA